UCCUCCAAACUUAUUACUUCACUUUUUAUUCUUUCUUAUCACACCGUGGGACAAAAACACAAAGUGGAAUAGUACACGAUGUGAAAUUUACAUGUCACAUAACCACUACCUCUUGGAUGUAAUUGAUUUUGAAGUCUAGAAACCAUAGACCUAUGAAAAUAAUUGAGAAAUAGAGUUUGCUUAUAUCAUUAGCACCACACAACACAACCCAAUGGUAGUAUGUAUAUCAGUAAAAUAUUAAAAUGACUCCUCCCAUUGUCUAUAAAUUGAAGCAUCUCCUCCUUUCAUAUUCCAACAAAACCACACCAACGUCUCUCUCUCUCUCUCAAAAGCUUUCCCUCCCAAAUCUCAAGAACUUCAAAAAAAGUCAGUUUCCUCUGUUUCUACAAAACAGAACAAAGAAAGAGAUGAAGAUGAGUGAUUACUGGACGACAAUGGCUUCUCUAGUCGGCAUGUUAGCCUUCUGCCAAACAAUCCUCCAGCUCGUGUUCCCACCCGAGCUCCGUCUCGCCCUCAUCCACCUCCUGACACGUAUGCGCCACGUGUUCUCCUCCCACACCUACUUCGACAUAACGGAGAUAGACGGCGUCAACACCAACGAGCUCUACAACGCCGUCAGCCUCUACCUCAGCUCCUCCGUCACCGUCAACGGCGCCGUAUCAUCCACCAGCAACAACACGCGCCUCAGCCUCACGCGCGUCCCCAACUCGAGCUCCGUCACCUUCGGCCUCUCGAACAACGACAGGAUCACCGACGUCUUCAACGGCGUCACCGUCCUCUGGGAACACGUCGUCGUCCAGCGCCAGGUCCAGAGCUUCUCGUGGCGGCCAAUGCCGGAGGAGAAGCGAGGCUUCACGCUGCAGAUCAGCAAGAGAGACAAAGCCCUCGUCCUGGACUCUUACCUCGACCACAUCGUCGGAAAAGCGGAGGAGAUUCGCCGGAGGAACGAGGAGAGGCUCCUCUACACUAACUCGAGAGGCGUCUCGUUGGAUUCAAGGACCCACCCGUGGGACUCGGUGAGGUUCAAGCACCCGAGCACGUUCGAGACGCUGGCCAUGGACCCGGAGAGGAAGAAACGGAUCAUGGAGGAUCUGAGAGAGUUCGCGAACGGACAAGGGUUUUAUCAGAAGACAGGGAGGGCGUGGAAGAGAGGGUACUUGCUGUACGGACCGCCGGGGACAGGGAAGUCAAGUUUGAUCGCUGCGAUGGCUAACUAUCUCGGGUAUGAUAUCUAUGAUCUUGAGCUCACUGAGGUUCAGAAUAACUCGGAGUUGAGGAAGCUGUUGAUGAAGACUAGCUCUAAGUCGAUAAUUGUUAUAGAAGAUAUCGACUGUUCUAUUAGUCUGACGAAGAGAGAGAAGGUUAAGAGGAAGAAUAAUAAUAACGGAUGUUAUGACCCGGAUUUGACUAACGGGUCGGGUUUGAUGGACGAGCCGGGUAGCUCGGUGACUUUGUCUGGGCUUUUGAAUUUUACUGAUGGGCUUUGGUCUUGUUGUGGGAGCGAGAGGAUCUUUGUGUUUACUACUAAUCAUAUUGAGAAGUUGGACUCGGCUUUGUUGAGGAGUGGGAGGAUGGAUAUGCAUAUUCACAUGGGGUUUUGUAGGUUUCAAGCGUUGAAGAUUCUGUUGAAGAAUUAUCUGAGGAUGGAGGAAGGUGAGGUGGAUGGUGUUGUUUUGAAGGAGAUGGAGGAGUGUGUGGAGGAGGCAGAGAUUACUCCGGCUGAUGUUAGUGAGGUGUUGAUUAGGAACAGGAGCGAUGCGGAGAAGGCGGUGAGGGAGCUGUUGUGUGUGUUGAAGGAGAGGGUUGUGAGGAGGAGGAAGAGUGGUGGGGUUAAGAAGAAGAAAGAGGAAGGAGAACAUGAAGAUGAAGAAGCAGAGGAGGAACAAGAGAAGAGAGCUUUGGAUAGUCCCAAUGGAAACAGAGAGUUCUUUGGGUUUGAAGAUGAAAAAGAUGGAGAUGAAGAUGCAGACAAGUGAAGGUAAGUGACUGUAGUAGUCACUGUAGGUCUUUGUAAUGGUUCAUGUGUUUUUUCAUUAAGGUUGAUAUUUGUUCUGUUUUAUUGGUUCACUCAAAAAUAUUAUAAUCAUUAUGAUUGUUAUAAUCAUAUAAUAUAAGGUUUUAUCCAUUUUUGCUA